UAGGCAGAACAAUUCCAUCGAACGCUCCUCCCAGGAGUAUUUACAGCUCAGUAAUGCAUUUAAUCGCUAUCUUCAAAGCAUUAAACGAAAUGCAAAUCCAACAAAACCUCAUUUGGAGGUUUUCAUGAACCGAGCACAGAAGCUGAGAGAGAUACAACUGGAACAGGAAACGCCAAAUUAGAGCUGUCGAAUGACAAAAAUUUUAGCUGUGUUUCGUGAAUGGUCGUCACAGUUGAGUACAAAAUAUGCAGAGGCAGGUGAACGACUACGCAAAAUGAAAGAUCAACUCACUAUGAACCUCUCCUCCGACAAUUACGCAACGCUGGUUGAUGCUGGAAAAUCGAGUGAGCAUGCAAUCGAUCCUGACAAUGAAGACCACCAAAUUUAUUUGAGUAAAUUUAAAAAUAGAGUUUUUGAUAAAUCACGUUUUAUAAUCGAAGAGCAUAUAACCAACGAUCCUGAUGUCAUGAAGGGGAGAAGAAAGGCUGUGCAGCAUGCAGAAGUGCACGAAAUUUAG